AUGAGUGAAGAAAAAGAGGAUAUCGGUGAGGAAGUAGAGAAUGAAGAUCCGUCGCCAUUAUUAUCAUCCACUGAUCAACAACAUGUACGCAUCAUGUUCCAUGGACGCGAGAUUAUUGCGGAAGAUCUGAUUGGACUUCGUGUGGCCAAGACUUUUCCUGGGAAUGGACGCUUUUUGGGACAAGUAGUUAAAUUUGACAAGAGUAUGGCGCUUUAUACGGUCGUAUACGCUGAUGGCGACGCUGAGGAUUUGACGGUGGAUAAUACGUUGCAGAUUUUAAUCCAGGACGAGAUUGAACGAGCUGAUCCAUCCCAGGUACCACCUGCUAUCUCGUUGCUGUCGAAAAAAGAUGGAUCGUUACCGGCCAGUCCAGACACUGAAGACUUCGUGACUUCGCCAGCAGCAACUCCUCAGCGCCAUCCCAGCGUUUUACAACGUCACGCUCAAAGCAUUCAGGUCAGCGAACGCGAGGCACAAUUCGUAAUCAGUUUGUUUGAGAAUCAUGCACUUCCUACUCUUGUGCGACAAGGUUGGCGCGUGCAGACUAGUAACUCUGGAAGGGGUGAAACAUGCUUUAUCUCCGCUCGUGGGGAGAUUUUCCAAUCCGCACUGGAUGUCGUUGGACAUAUUGCUUUGAAUAAUGAGCUUUUGACCUCGUGCUUUCCAGCCAAUGUGCACUCAGCCAUCCUGUCGUUACUACCUUGUGAAGCUGCUGUCGACUCCACGUCUUUUGCAGACACUGGCAAUAGCCACGAACUCACUGGGAGUACAUUACGGAAACGCACCAUCUUAGACUCUCCAGACGCUGGACGUUAUGAUGGCAAGCGAACACGGCAAAUGUGCGAUGAAGCUUCUGGAGUUGUCGUUCCGAUGCAUGCAGCUGCGGUACGAGGCAGUGAUGUCAUGCAUUACCGACACGAUAAUACCGAUCGUCGUGCAGAACCUGCAAACCGCUUUCCGACCUAUCAUAGGCAAGAAAUGGGCGGACGCAUUCGUAUGUCAAGUGACCGUUUUUUUGAAGGCGAAGCCACAAACGAGGCUCGCAUGCAAGCUUCUCCUAGGUUAAGAGGAUACCGAGGCGCAUCUGGUCGUGAUUUGACCCUGGAAAACCCGUUUUCUUCGAAUUGGUCCGGUGUUGAACCGAUGCCUGGUCGUGCAGAACCUGCUGAAUAUUCUCACCGCUUUUUUAACACGCCUGAAUGGCGCGAACCAGACGACACGUUUGCAUCAGACUGUCAUCUCGAAGAGCGUUGUUGCAAUCGCAUUCGUGGUGAAUUGCGCUACAUUCGUCGACCCAAUUCGCAAAUCUCGGCUGACGCUACAAGUGUCAAUGCUACUGGAACGCGUAAGGGAUACUAUCGAGAUUCAGUGGGGUCUCCACAUGGCAGCCACGCAACUCCAGUGACAAAUGGUUUUGCGUACCCUUCAUAUUCUGCCCUUCGAGCAGAAGCUAGCGACGGCAACCGCACAUCUGCUACAUCCCGAGCUUCGCGUAAUACAGCAAGCUUCAUGUCUCCUACCGACACCCUCGGUGCAAGUGCAGCUUUUUCAAUGGUAGAUUUUGAUCGCAUCUCAACGACACGACCUGGGAACGCUCAUGCAGACUAG